UUGCCGUGUAAAGGCUAUAUAAACCAUUCACGCAAAGCUUCAGGCACGAUUCUUACCAGCAGUACACUCGGCGUACGCACGCUACUUUCCCGGUGAUCUCAACGAUGCAGGCUAUUACGCUGGCUUCCCUUCUCGUCCUGCUGCCCCGUCUGGUUAUUGUCAGCGGUAGCAGCAUAAUGUUCAACAUAUCCUCGGAGGCUACAACGGACGUCGCUGAGGCCAGCCGGUCCAUUCCGGUCUCGCUCGUUCCUCUGGCUCUAGCUGUUGCUGGUCCGGCCAUCGCCGUAGCCCUGGGCGCCCUGAAGCCCGUCCUACUGGUGCUGGGACUCCUCUACUUAUCGCUGUUCGGCCUCACGUACGUUCCCGUGGUCGACCACCUUCUCCAGGCCAGCUUCCGCGCGUUCGGCGCCAUCGUCACGGACAGCAUGUCUGCCGACGUGGGGCGUGACCUGCUUCGAGUGGUCGGUCUGGACACCGAAGCAUGCCGCACCCGCGCGGUCUGCGAGAUCACCGAGGACGCCGUCCGAAAGUACCCCACUGUCGCGGCCAUGUUGCGGUCGCUCACCGGUGCCGUCCAAGCCCACGGCAACAACGAAAGUGUCCUGAAGGGUCUGCUGGGUGGACUGUCCGGGCUCGGCUGCGAAUCUCUCUAUUCCACGUGUUCUCAGUCGCCGAUCAGCAGGUUUCUCAGACACGCGUCCUGAAUAUUGACCAGGAAGCCAGCUUCUUCGAACUUCGACGCUUUUAGGUAGAAAACGUUUUUACUCUCCUCAUGGUUGAACUGUUCAAGCGCUUAAGCGUUUCUUGAAACAGCCUUCAUAUAGGUCAGCAUAUUUACACCCAACUUUAUACUCUCGCACGCUUACUUAGGUUCCUACAUCAUCAUCAUGUCAUACCAGUUACUCUAGAUGCAAAUAAAGAGGGGCCAUUGACGACA